CUGCCCAUCCAGUUUUCUUGGUCACAUUUAGUGGCUUAAUUCUUUCUUCAUGGCCGUGGGUGUUCUUGGCCAUGGCACAAAACGACACGAUUCCAGUGAAAGUUGGUGUCGUUCUUGACGUUGAAACUCCAGUUGCAAAGAUUUGGUUAAGUUGCCUCAACAUGGGGAUCUCGGAUUUUUAUGCAUCUCAUCCUCAAUUCAACACUAGAUUGAUUCUCAACACCAGGAACUCCGAGCGUGAUGUCAUCGGUGCAGCUAGCGCAGCCCUGGACCUGCUAAAGAACGUGCAAGUGCAAGCGAUUCUAGGGCCACAAAAAUCGAGUCAGGCCAAAUUCAUAAUUAACUUGGGACAAAAUGCGCACGUGCCCAUUUUGUCAUUCUCCGCAACAAGCCCUUCCCUGACUUCCUCCGGUCCUCGGAAUCCCUACUUCUUCAGAACCGCAACAAACGACGCCUCCCAAGUCAGACCCAUAAGCUCCCUCGUCAAAGCCUUUGGCUGGCGAGAAGUGGUCCCCAUCUACGCCGACACCGACUACGGAAACGGAAUCAUUCCUUACUUGGUCGAUUCACUCCCAGAGGUCGACGCGCGAGUCCCAUACCGGAGCGUGAUUCCGCCGUCGGCCUCCGACGACCAAAUCGUUUCCGAGCUUCGCAAGCUGAUGACGAUGCAAACUCGAGUGUUCGUUGUGCACAUGUGGAAUGAUCUGGGCUCGCGGUUGUUCACCAAGGCCCACGAGAUUGGGAUGAUGGGCCUACCGGGCGUUGUUUGGAUCAUAACCCAAGAUUUCACUGACCUGUUGAACUCAUUGUCUCCUAAAGUCGUUAAGUCAAUGCAAGGAGUGUUGGGGGUCAAGACUUAUGAACCAGAAUCAGAAGAGCUUGAAGAUUUUAGAAUUCGUUGGAAAAUGAAAUUCCAAAGAGAGAAUCCGACAAUUAUCGAUGCUCAGUUGAAUGUUAUGGGCUUAUGGGCUUAUGAUUCGGCUUUUGCAUUAGCCUUGGCGGUUGAGAAGGUACUAAAAAAUGGGAAUGAAAGUGAAAAUGGGAAAAGCUUAGUUUCGUAUGAGAAGAGAGUAAAUGCGUCACCAGCCAAGUACUCUACUGAUCUUGAUUCUUUUGGGGUCUCCAAAAUUGGUCCAAAACUAUGUGAAGCCUUAUCGAGCACCAAAUUCCGAGGCCUGGCCGGAGAUUUCAGCCUUGUUGAUGGGCAAUUACAAUCAUCAACUUUUCAAAUAGUGAACGUGAAUGGCAAUGGAGGAAGAGAAAUCGGCUUUUGGACGCCGCAAAAUGGGCUAACAAGGAAUUUGUCGUUGAAUAGUUCGGGUAAUUAUGGAUAUUCGACGUCGAGGUCGAAUCUCGGACCGAUCAUAUGGCCCGGAGAGUCUACUGUGGUACCCAAGGGGUGGGAUAUUCCGGCGAAUUAUGAGAAGAGGUUGAGAAUAGGAGUGCCGGUGAAGGAUGGUUUUAAGGAGUUUGUUGAUGUGAAGACUGAUCCUAGCACUAACGUGACGGAAGUUACGGGGUUCAGUAUAGAUGUUUUUAUGGCUGCCGUGGAGAAGUUACCGUACUCUCUUCCUUACGACUUCAUUCCUUUUGCAAACCCUAAUGGUUCCUGCGCUGGAACUUACGAUGAAAUGAUCUCCGAAGUUUUUUAUGGGAACUACGAUGCUGUAGUAGCAGACGCCACAAUUCGGGGGAACAGGUCCUUGUAUGUCGACUUCACCUUGCCAUACACGGAAUCUGGCGUGGUAAUGGUGGUGCCAUUAAAAGAAAACGACAGAAAAAGUGCUUGGGUGUUCUUGGAGCCUUUGACAUGGGAUCUAUGGGUGACCAGCACUUGUUUCUUUGUCUUCAUUGGUUUUGUAGUUUGGGUUCUUGAACACCGAAUAAAUGAAGAUUUUCGUGGGCCCCCCUCACAUCAAGUUGGCACCAGCUUCUGGUUCUCCUUCUCAACCAUGGUUUUUGCACACAGGGAAAGAGUGAUCAGCAACUCGGCGAGAUUUGUGGUUAUCAUAUGGGUCUUUGUGGUGCUAAUUUUGACCCAGAGUUACACGGCUAGUCUAUCGUCACUUUUAACAGUGGAAACACUUCAACCGACCGUCACAGAUAUAGACCAACUCCUAAAGAAUGGGGACAAGGUAGGGUAUUAUAAAAACUCUUACGUUUAUGAGCUCUUAAAACAACAAGGCUUUCCAGAUUCCAACAUCAAGGCCUAUAAAUCUGUGGAAGAUUGUGAAGACCUUCUGUCCAAAGGGAGCAAAAAUGGUGGUAUUGCCGCUGCUAUUGAUGAUUCCCCCUAUAUGAAGCUCUUUCUUGCUCAGUACUGCUCCAAAUAUAAAAUGAUUGGGCCAAUAUUUAAGACUGCUGGCUUUGGUUUUGUUUUCUCAAAAGGUUCUCAUCUAGUAGGUGAUAUAUCAAGGGCCAUUCUCAACGUGACUGAGGGAGACGAGAUGAAGAGAAUCGAGAACAAAUGGUUCAAGGAUGACCAAUCAAACUCGUGUCCGGACUCCAAAACUAGGGUUUCCGCAAACAGUCUCAGCGUAGGUAGCUUUUGGGGCCUAUUCCUUAUUGCUGGUAUUGUUUCAGUGUUUGCUCUCAUUAUCUUCGCAGUUAUGUUCUUUUAUAAGCACAGACAAAUCUUGUUGGACUCGAAAGAUUCAAUGUGGACUAGAAUUCAAGCCGUUUUUAAGAGUUUUGACGAAAAGGAUCUCAGCUCUCAUACUUUUAGAAAGAGUAAUUGUCCUAGUAGUACGGUCAUGGAUGUGCAGAAUAGCAAUUGCCCUUCAAGUCCAUCGAAUUAUUUGGUCUACAGUGGAUCAAACUCACCGUUUUAUGGAGAGCAAGGAACACUUUCUAGUGAUCAGGCUUCUCCGGAAGUAGCAUUACCAGCCAACAUUAUUGAGCUAAAUAUUGUCCCGAAUAAUGAGAUUAUAAGGUCAUCUCCUGAUAGGUUAGCAACUAAUAAUGUAUAGUUUCCAGUG